AUGAUAAGCGCUCUAGACUUAUACCAUGUCCUCACAGCUGUAGUUCCACUCUAUGUAGCAAUGAUCCUCGCCUACGGUUCAGUAAAAUGGUGGAAAAUCUUCACACUUGACCAAUGUUCAGGCAUAAACCGUUUUGUAGCAUUUUUUGCAGUCCCACCUCUCCAUCUUCACCAAUCCAUGAAAUCACCCUUUGAAGCUGAUCUAGUAGCUUUUGCAUUUCGAAUUUGUGGUCAAUUCAGAUCUGGAAGCUACGGCUAUGUCGUUCAUUGGCACUCAGCUCAAGUCUUGCUUCAGAUGCACUCACUGCAGAGGAACUUUAAAGCUGAGCAACUAUUCUUCAAUGGAAGGUGUUCUUUACUUUUCCCUCCGUUGUUGAAAGCUGUUUCUAAACUUUCCGCCCUCACUUAUGGUUUGGAGAUUCAUGGCCUUGCGUCAAAGCUUGGUUUCCUUUCUGACCCUUUUAUUCAAACUGCCUUAAUUGCAAUGUAUGCGUCGUGUGCCCGCAUCAUGGAUGCACGGUUGCUGUUUGCUAAAAUGUCUCACCCGGAUGCUGUUGCUUGGAAUACUAUCAUUGAUGGGUACUGCCAGAAUGGUCAUUUUGAUGAUGCUUUAAGCCUCUUUGAAGAUAUGAAGAACUCUGGUGUGAAGCCUGAUUUUGUUAUCCUUUGUACUGUGCUCUCUGCCUGUGGUCAUGCUAGAAAUUUAAGCUAUGGUAGAUCAAUCCAUGAGUUUAUUAAGGACAAUGGUCUUGCUAUUGACUCUUAUUUACAGCCUGCUCUCAUUAACAUGUAUUCAAAUUGUGGUGCAAUAGAAUGGGAGAGCCUCUGA